CUAUUACAAUUUUCCCUCAACGCACCGAUGGUCUUCAUGAUUAUCGCAUCUGGAACAGCCAAUUGAUUUCAUACGCUGGUUAUAAGCAUAGUGAUGGCACAAUUGUUGGCGAUCCUAUAAAUGUUGAAUUUACAGAGGUUUGCCUGAAAUUGGGUUGGAAGAGCAAAGGCACAGAGUGGGACAUUCUUCCACUGAUAGUCUCGGCCAACGGUGAAGAUCCUGAAUUAUUCGAAUACCCACCCGAUUUGGUAUUGGAGGUGCCCUUUUCACAUCCAAAUUAUGAGUGGUUCGCCGAACUCGGUCUGCGCUGGUACGCUCUGCCCGCUGUCUCGUCGAUGAUGUUCGAUGUGGGUGGCAUUCAGUUCACCGCAACCGCAUUCAGCGGUUGGUAUAUGUCCACCGAAAUUGGUUGCCGCAAUUUAUGUGAUACAAAUCGACGAAAUGUGUUGCAGACCGUUGCAAAUAAAAUGAAAUUAGACACUCGCACCACGUCAUCCCUGUGGAAGGACAGAGCUUUGGUAGAGGUGAAUUUAGCUGUGUUGCACUCUUUUCAAAGCCGAAAUAUAACCAUUUUGGAUCACCAUACGGCCAGUGAGAAUUUCAUGAAACAUUUUGAAAACGAAUCGAAAACGCGCAAUGGCUGUCCGGCUGAUUGGAUUUGGAUUGUUCCGCCACUUUCUGGUUCAGUGACGCCUGUCUACCAUCAAGAAUUCGCACUGUACUAUCUGAGGCCAUCAUUCGAUUAUCAGCAUCCCGCCUGGAAGGUGCACGUAUGGGAGAAGGAACGUGGUGAAAUCAAACCAAGACGUAAAUUCAACUUUAAGCAGAUUGCAAGAGCUGUGAUUUUCACAUCUAUCCUCUAUGUGCGCGCUUUGUCUAAACGUAUUAAGGCUACGGUGCUCUAUGCAACUGAGACUGGAAAAUCGGAGCAGUAUGCCAAGCAGUUGGCUGAAUUGCUGGGACAUGCCUUCAAUACACAUACUUACUGCAUGGCCGACUAUGAUAUCUCCAGUAUAGAGCACGAAUCACUUCUGUUCGUAGUUGCGUCUACAUUUGGCAAUGGUGAUCCACCAGAAAAUGGCGAGCUGUUCUCGCAAGAUUUGUAUGACCUGCGUGAAAAUGCGGAAACGGCCAAGGAUGAAAGUGUGGAUAUUAUAUCACCGAAGUUCCAACGCCUGAACCUGGAUGAAUUGAAGAAAACUGAGCCGUUAAGAAAAUUAAACUUCGCCGUUUUUGCGCUUGGCUCGAGCACCUACCCGAACUUCUGCGCCUUCGGUAUCUAUUUGGACCGAAUUAUUGGCGAGCUCGGCGGGCAGCGCCUUUUCGAGGUCACCUGCGGUGAUGAAAUGUGUGGCCAAGAGCAAACUUUCCGCAAAUGGGCACCCGAAGUUUUCAAAUCUGCUUGCCAAACGUUCGAUGUAGACUACUCAGAAGGCUUGUCGGAUGCGUUCCACGACGACACGCUAACCGCCAGCACAGUGCGUAUGGUGCCAUCACAGCGCGAAGGCACCAUCGAUCAGCUGCUUUCGAAAUAUCACAACAAGAAGGUGCAACGCUACAAAAUGAAGUCUGCACCGCGCAAUCUAACCAAACUUGCCGAAGAUGACAAGCCGACCAUUUUAGUAGAAAUCUAUGCGCCUGGUUUGGAUUAUGAGCCCGGUGAUCAUGUUGGUAUAUUCCCGGCUAAUUCUACAGACAUUGUAAAUGGUGUUUUGAAACGUUUGACCGGUUUCGAGGACCCCGAUGAAGUGCUGCAAGUGCAGGUGAUGAGGAAGAAGAAGACACCCAACGGCACCUUCAACUGCUGGGAACCACAUGACAAAAUACCCGCGGAAACGCCACGCGGCCUAUUGACACACUUCUUUGACAUAACUACGCCUCCACAGCUGGAGCUGCUAAAUUUGCUGGCCGACUUCUGCGACGACAAUUAUGACACAGAGCGUCUGCAGAAGCUGGGCACAGACAACGCUGCCUACGAGGAGUGGCGCCAGUUGUAUUUGCCCACUCUACUCACUGUAUUGGAACAAUUCCGUUCAUGUAAGCCGCCCGCCGGUUUGCUCUUCGGCAACCUCAUGCCUUUACAGUCGCGUUUCUACUCCAUCUCCUCAUCGCCACGCAAGGUUAUUAACGAAAUCCAUUUGACUGUGGCCGUUGUCAAGUACAAGAAUCAACGCGGUAACGAGCGUUUUGGCGUUUGCUCCAACUACCUGACCAACAUGAAGGAGCAGGAGCCUUACUUCUUCGUACGCAGUGCACCCGGCUUCCAUUUGCCCAAAGACUCCUCAGAGCCGAUGGUGCUUAUCGGACCUGGCACUGGCAUAGCGCCAUUCCGUUCCUUUUGGCAAGAGUUGGAGGUGUGGCGCGAAUUGAAGAUGCAACGCUCAAAGGUGUGGCUCUUCUUCGGUUGCCGUACGCGCGAAAUGAACUUGUACGCAGAAGAAAAGGCGCUGUUGGAGCGCGAAAAGAUCUUAGAUCGCGUAUUCUUGGCGCUGUCACGUGAUCUGGAGAUACCAAAGACUUACGUUCAGCACCAGAUUGAAAAUGAAUUUGAUUCUCUCUACCAACUGAUUGUCGAAGAGCGGGCACACAUUUACGUUUGCGGUGAUGUCACAAUGGCUGAGGAUGUCUGUGGGACAAUUAGGAAGUGUAUUGCUGCAAAGGAACAAAAAACUGAAGCGGAAGUGGACGCGUUCUUGCUAGCAUUACGACACGAAAACCGCUAUCACGAAGAUAUUUUCGGUAUAACCUCACACGCAGGGGAGGCGCGCAAUAGAUCAACUCUUCGACGGGGCUCGCGAACACUGAAUGCCUUGUAAGCAUACUUUUAACGCUGGAUCACUGGAUUUAAUUAAGUGAUUAAAAAAUAAACACAUCAAAAGCUGAGGAGUGCUGGACACUAUUUCAUUUUUCUGCACCGAAAUGUUAGAAAAUGUCCCAUCAAAUGCGGGACGCCAACUUAAUGCCUUUCACAAAAAUUAAUAUACACAUACAUAUAUAUGUGUGUAAAUUAUUUUCAUUUUACAUAUUAUAAAAUAUCAAACCAUAUUGCAUUUACAUAAAAUAUUAAUUUUAUAUUUAGAUUUACAUAAAUAAAUACUAAAAUUAUUAAAAACAUUUGAUACAUAAUCUUUGUGUUAAAGAUUAAUAUUUUAAAUUCCUAAUAUUUUUUUUCCUUUAUAUAAUAGUUAUUUAAGAGAUAUCACUAACUUUGUAUAAUUAUCGUUCGAACAUGAAAUACUCAUCAGUUUUAUACAAACAUUUUUUAUUUUUGCCUCUAUAUACAUAUAUAAUAUAUUCGUACAUAUGUAUUUCUACACAUAUUUCUGGUAUUGCAUCACAAAUGUAAACGCAGCAAUAAGCAAAUAAAAUAAAAAUAUA